AUGAGGAGAGGGGGAGGAGAGGGGGAGGAGGAGAGGGGGAGGAGGAGAGGGGGAGGAGGAGAGGGGGAGGAGGAGAGGGGGCGGAGGAGAGGGGGCGGAGGAGAGGGGGCGGAGGAGAGGGGGCGGAGGAGAGGGGGCGGAGGAGAGGGGGCGGAGGAGAGGGGGCGGAGGAGAGGGGGCGGAGGAGAGGGGGCGGAGGAGAGGGGGCGGAGGAGAGGGGGCGGAGGAGAGGGGGCGGAGGAGAGGGGGCGGAGGAGAGGGGGCGGAGGAGAGGGGGCGGAGGAGAGGGGGCGGAGGAGAGGGGGCGGAGGAGAGGGGGCGGAGGAGGGGGGGCGGAGGAGGGGGGGCGGAGGAGGGGGGGCGGAGAGAGGGGGGGCGGAGAGAGGGGGGGCGGAGAGAGGGGGGCGGAGAGAGGGGGGGCGGAGAGAGGGGGGGCGGAGAGAGGGGGGGCGGAGGAGGGGGGGCGGAGGAGGGGGGGCGGAGGAGGGGGGGCGGAGGAGGGGGGCGGAGGAGGGGGGGCGGAGGAGGGGGGGCGGAGGAGGGGGGGCGGAGGAGGGGGGGCGGAGGAGGGGGGGCGGAGGAGGGGGGGCGGAGGAGAGGAGAGGGGGCGGAGGAGAGGAGAGGGGGCGGAGGAGAGGAGAGGGGGCGGAGGAGAGGAGAGGGGGCGGAGGAGAGGAGAGGGGGCAGAGGAGAGGAGAGGGGGCGGAGGAGAGGAGAGGGGGCGGAGGAGAGGAGAGGGGGCGGAGGAGAGGAGAGGGGGCGGAGGAGAGGAGAGGGGGCGGAGGAGAGGAGAGGGGGCGGAGGAGAGGAGAGGGGGCGGAGGAGAGGAGAGGGGGCGGAGGAGAGGAGAGGGGGCGGAGGAGAGGAGAGGGGGCGGAGGAGAGGAGAGGGGGCGGAGGAGAGGAGAGGGGGCGGAGGAGAGGAGAGGGGGCGGAGGAGAGGAGAGGGGGCGGAGGAGAGGAGAGGGGGCGGAGGAGAGGAGAGGGGGCGGAGGAGAGGAGAGGGGGCGGAGGAGAGGAGAGGGGGCGGAGGAGAGGAGAGGGGGCGGAGGAGAGGAGAGGGGGCGGAGGAGAGGAGAGGGGGCGGAGGAGAGGAGAGGGGGCGGAGGAGAGGAGAGGGGGCGGAGGAGAGGAGAGGGGGCGGAGGAGAGGAGAGGGGGCGGAGGAGAGGAGAGGGGGCGGAGGAGAGGAGAGGGGGGAACUGAAACUGGAGAUGGGCAAUCCACAGUCUACAUGGAUUCAGUAUUCCAGCUUCAGAAGGGAUCAGAUAGAAUAA